AUGACGCCUACACCAAGACGCAAAAGAAAAUAUUCACAAAACAAGAUCUUUGAAAGUCCAGCACAAAUAACAAACCCAGGAACAGAUGGUCAAAAUAUAAAUAAUUCCCCAAUUUCCAAAACAAAUCGACCUUUAGAUGAAUUAGAACAAAAUGCAAUAAAUAAUGACAACUUUAAUAUUAUGACAAUACCGUCUGAAAAACCCAUGAACUUGCCUGCCUGUUGUACUACAUUUUCAAAUAAAAAUUUGCAAAAGGAUAUUCAACAAAAAACAGAAAUAAACUGUGAUACUCCUCUUCUGUAUGCAAGUAAAGAGCAAGUAAAUUCCCAUGAAAAGGGUAAUAAAGUAGGAAAACGAAAAAUUGUUAUUGUAGCGGACGAACAAGGUUAUAAAAUAAGAGAAACACUGCAGAAUUUGGUGGUUAUGAGUUUAUAG